AAUAUGCCGAGAUAUGCAUACUUGUGUGUAUGCGUGUCAAUUAGAUUGUCACAAUACCAUCAUGUCGUAGAAGUGGGGAUCAAUUUUCGAAACAAUGAAUAAAUGCUACUGCUGUCAUCAGAAUUAUUUUAACUAUCAUUUACUCAUUAACACAUACAUAUUUAUAAAGUUCGGAUUAUAAAAUCGCAUUCACUUCAACUUUAAACGCAUACCGUUUGUUCUUUUCACAAUAAACUAUAUGUUGGAUAUUUAAUCAACACAACUCAUGCUGGAUAUUAUUUACACGCCAUCUGGUGAAAACUGUCAACCAAGCACCACAAUGACACUGAUGCAUACUUGAUUUGUAUGCAUCGUUAUAUGCAAAAGCAUGUGAAGUCAUGAAUUUCAAACUGAAACACAAGUAAAACAGCAAAGUGAAGAAAAAGGAGAACGCAUAAGAAUUUAAACAAAGACUCAACAGCUAACAACACCAGAAAGAAAACACCCUGUCAUCUAAAACACAAUGAGUACAUCACCAGUCACUCCAGUAAACAGUGGCAGUAUGAAUCAAAGCAUGGAAUCAUUGCCAUUGCCUUCAACUCCAAUUGGAAAUAGUAUGAUUAUUAUAGGCGUUUUUCUAGCUAGCGUUUGUAUUGGUACAGUUUUGGGUAAUCUGUUAGUUGUUUUAGCUAUUGGUUUGGUGAAAAAAUUACGAACGCCAAGUAAUUUUUUAAUUGUUAGCCUAGCUGUAAGCGACCUGCUCGUCGGCCUAUUAGUUAUACCACUUGCCACACUGAAUGAAGUACGUGGUUACUGGCCAUUAGGUGAAGGCAUGUGUGAUAUGUACAUUUCCUUUGAUGUAUUAAUGUGUACAGCGUCAAUUUUAAAUUUAUGCGCUAUAUCAAUUGAUCGAUAUUUAGCUAUUACACGCCCUUUACAAUAUGCUGCUAAACGUACACCGAAACGUAUGAUGUUAAUGAUAUUAUUAGUAUGGUUAUUUUCAGCUCUGAUUAGUAUACCACCAAUGUUUGGUUUUAAAGAACCAUUUGUACCUGGUGUAUGUCAAUAUAGUUCAAAUAUGAUAUAUCAAGUUUAUGCUACAUGGGGUGCAUUUUAUAUACCACUAAUCGUAAUGCUUGUAUUAUAUGGACGUAUAUUAAUGCUGGCGCGUCAUAUGGCACAAGCAGAUGCUAAACAAAAGCUCGUCACAGAAUCUGUAACAAAAUCGUCUACAUUCAAUCAUACACAAUAUAAUGUACACAGUUCACUUGAAAGUGAUAAUAAUAAUGAACAGUUGAAAAUUGAACAAUUUCAAAGAUUAAACCAAUCUACAGAUUAUAAAUCUAAUGGACAAAUAAAUAAUCUACAGCAUAAUAAUAGUAUGCUGACUAAAGAGAAAUAUCCUCUGCCUCCAUCCGAAUUAUGCCGACGGCGGAAACCCCGUCCAUUGAGAAGAUUUAGUUAUCAUGGUGAAGGUAAUCAAAAAUCGUCAGAUAUGUUGACGACACAAACAGUCAGAAAGCCCCGUGUUGUCUCUGAAAGUUCUUCUAUGCUCUCGUCUGUUGAACAAUUUGAACAGCGUGUUAAAGAGUUAAGACAGUUGCGAGCAGAGUUUUUCGCUGCACCGUAUACACGACACUCGAUUAGUAUUAAUUUAGCACAUUUAAAAAAUCGAAGUAAUCAUAAAAAAGAUGAAAAUUUAAAUUUCGUAACUGUAUCAGAUCAUACUGCUAAUGACAAUAAUAAUAACAUUACUAAUCAACCGAUGACACCGAUGUCUAAAAAUGACACAUUUCAACUAACUGAUACAAAUCGAUCAAGAAAUUCAAUAUUCUCCCCACCACUACUUUCGAUUUCGCAUUAUUUUGAUGAAUCUAGUCACAUGAAUAGUUUAUCUCAGAUUUCUGAAGCUGCUCCAAAUCUGUACACACCCAACGCUGUCAACUGUGACAAAUACAGCAGUAAUCUUAUUAGUCCUGAGGAGAUAAGUUGUAAUAUAAUGAUGUCAUCACAGGAGACUACACCACUGAUAGUCAAUGGGAUGGGUAAAUUUUCCACUUCAGCGACAACAGUUAGCGGUAGAAGAGAUGUUUAUUCCCCACCUUCAUCUUCCGGUACACCACCAUUAUCGACAAGGUUAGUCGCGACUGGACUUAACCAACCACAACCACCAACAAUGUCAAUGCAUGUAGCACGACCACGGCAAAGACCCUUUCAUACACCUAGAAGAUCGUUCACCACGGCGAAUGAAUACUUGCACAAAAAUCGUCCAUUUCUCCUAGGUUUACCUGAUUAUACAAUUGAUCGACGAUGUAGUACACCGUCUACUUCGCAUAGUUUCCCCUGGAAUCAGAUUACUGGUCGUCAUGUUAGAAAGGAUGUACAACAUUCACUGGGACAAAUGACAAAUACACGAACUACAACGACUACGACCACAAUGACUAAUGAUAAUAACAAUAAUAAUAGUAAUAAUGCUGAUAAUCAUGGUAAUAUUACAAGAGCUAGUAAUACGCUACAGCGUAAAAAAUCCUCUGAUUACGAUCAAAUAUCAAAUUUUAAUGUGACAUCACAUCAGGGCAGUCGUACACCGAGUUGGGCAUUUGCUAAAUUGCCAGUGAAAAAACGCCACUCACGUCAUCAAAAUGAAUCGAAGGCGGUUAAAACACUUGGAGUUAUUAUGGGAUGCUUUUGUCUAUGCUGGUUACCAUUCUUUAUUAUUGCUCUUGUUGAUCCGAUAAUCAAAGUGACAACUGGACGUAAUCUUGAAGUCCCUGAUGUGGUGAGAAGUAUAUUCCUUUGGUUAGGUUACAUUAAUUCAACCAUAAAUCCAGUUAUUUAUGUAAUAUUCAAUCGGGAUUUCCGUCUGCCAUUCAGAGAAAUACUAUUAUGUCGGUGUCGUGGAAUAAAUGCCCGUUUGAGAUCACAAAAGUAUGCUUUGGAGUAUGGCGUAGCCACUUCUAAUGCAAGUGGCGGUGGUGUAGCUGGAGGUGGUGGUGGUGGUGGCGGCGGCGGGGGACCACCAUUAAUCAAUAACGAGAAUAAUAAUAACAGCUCACUUGCUGGUAUCGGUAGUGUCAGUGGCAGUAUAAGCUUACAGAACAAACGAAGGUCGCAGAUCAAUGCAUACAGUAGUAUUAAUAACAACGGCAGUUACUUUGAUCGUCUACGAAGUCACACUAAUCUUGGCUAUAGACAGUCAACUCAGAUAGAUAACCUUAACCUACCAACCGGUCGAUAUAAUCGCCGUCAAAGCGGUUCUGUUUCAUUCUGUCGAUGACUAGUGUAUUCAGUGAUGGAAACAAUAACUGAAGUGAUCAGUAAAUGUAUAUAAUAUAUUUAUCCAGUCAAUGAAAGAUCAGUGGUAAUUUUAACGUCUUUCAUUUCAACAAAAAACGACAAAUCUGUUCAGAAGGAACAUGGACUUAGACCUUUUUAUUCCCUUAAUCUUAACCCCGUUUCCCCCUCCGAAUAAAUCAUCAGUUUUACUCUUUUGUAAUUUUAUUAUCUCUUCUUUAUCACCAACUUAUGUUUCAAUAAAUCAACCUUUUCUUUUCUUAAUGCAAAACAAAAAAAUCAAAAGAACCAAUAUAUAUUACGUCAUGUAUAUUUUCUUGUGAUUAUUUAUCAACAUUUGCCUGUAGCCUCCUUUUGACCGGAAGAAUCGAGACUCUUGUACCCUGUAUCUCAUUUCUUUUUUAAAUUCUACUCUCUGUUUUUCAAAAAUUCAUCUUUCUAGAUUCUUGUAGCAAUAUUUUUCACACUAGUUGUAAGAAGAAUUGAAUUCGCUCACUCAGCAGCUCCCUAAAGGGAUAUAUGUUCUCUUUUUGGUUGAUUCUGAAGAAGUGUCAUCGAUUCAAGUUUCCAUUGCUUAUUUAAACGAAGGGAAAAGAAUAAACUCAAAUUCAUCAAUCUGGUCAUUUUCCUAUGAACUGAUCAGAUCAUUGAAUCAUUUAUCUAUCUAACUAUUAGCUGAUACUUAAUCCAACAAAUAUGUAAUUUCUGGUGAAAGGAAAUCAUUCACAAAACUAC